AUGUCGGCCGCUUCUGCCCAUCCCGACGACGACGGCCAUGCCACGGCCUUGCCCUCGCCCUCGCUCUCGCCCUCGCCCUCACCUCCCCCUGACCACGCGCCCCACGACGGCGACGGCCUGACGCCUGAUAGCCGCGCCUCGUCGGACCUCUUCGCCAGCGACCCGUUCCUUGGCAACGACAACGACAACGACAACGACAACGACAACGCCAACGCCAACGCCAACGCCAACGACGACGCCUCGACGGCCGCUGCCCGCCUCGACGACUUCUACCGUGCGCCGCCGCUGCCCUACACCACCGGCUUCUUCGACCAGAUCCUCAACCCAGCCGGCCUCGACCACGCCAGGUACUCGCCCUUUGACUGGCGACCUUUGCGUCCUCUGGAGCCCGACAUGCCACCCGCCACCCGCGCACACGCCCAGCCUCCGCCGGCUUCCCCGCGGCCCGACCGCCUGGCCAAUGGCUACGUCGACUUGACCAGCGCCCCCGACUCCCCGCCGCGCACGAGAAAGAGGCAGUCGCCCACGCCAGGCCCGUCGGCCAAGCGCCAGAAGAGAGACGACGGAGCAGCCAACGAGGCCAGCCCGCACGACCCCGCGCCUGCAGAGGUGCACGAGGUCGACUUGACGGAAAAGUCGCCGGUUCAGCAAGUCGUGGAGAAGCAGCGCGAAGAUGCGGCCAAGGCGCAAACCAAGCCCGACGAGACAGCCACGACAUUCAAUUCCUUCAACUGCGUCAUCUGCAUGGACAACCCCACCGAUCUCACAGCUACGGCAUGUGGCCAUUUGUUCUGCCAUACCUGCCUCAUGGAGGCUCUCAUCGCCGGCGAAAAUCGCACAGGUCCCCACGAAACCAAACGCUCGCAAUGCCCUGUAUGCAGAAAGACCAUCAGCCGGAACAAGGCGAGCGAUGUCAUACCAUUGCUGCUUAAAAAAGGUCUAUCCACACAACCCAGGAAGAAGAAGGCGGUUGCGCCGGCUGUAGCCACCGUACCCAAGGUAUCGUGA